GCCAUUCCUUGAUUAGUGCCAGAAUGAAGGUUCUACUGGUGUCGCUGUCGCUAUCUCUGCUGGCCCUGUGCCUGUGCGAACGCCUUACGUUUGAGGAUCAUCGUGUCUAUCGGUUGGAGCCAAAGAAUGCAGAGCAGUUGGAGGGUCUACGGCCAUUGGAGGCCACGAACGAGAGAGUCAUAUUCCUGAAUGAUCUCCAUCUGGGCGCCAUUAACGCACUGAUAGCUCCCAGCUACAAUGAAGAGUUUUUGCAGCUACUCCAGAGCUUGGAUAUCUCCCCUGAGCUCCUCGAUGCGAAUGCCCAGGCCAGUCUGUCGCUGGAUAUCGAACCCGUGGCGGAUGCGAAUCGUCGCAGCGAUGACUACUCCUGGACGGAGUACCACGAGUUGAAUGACACCCAUCGCUGGAUGCAGAACCUGGUGGAAAAGAACCCAGGCAUCGUCAGCGUCUUUGUCGCUGGCCGCAGCUACGAAGGCAGGGAUCUCCUGGGUCUGAGGAUCUUCCACAGUGCUGGGGCGGAGAGGGGCGAACAGCAGGCAAUCUUUUUGGAGGCGGGCAUGCAUGCCAGGGAGUGGAUCAGUCCAGCAACAGCCACGUACUUUGCCAAUCAAUUGCUCAUGUCCCAGCAACCAGAAAUCCAGAGCCUUGCCCGCUCCUAUGUCUGGUACAUUCUGCCCCAUGCGAAUCCGGAUGGAUAUGUAUACACUCAUUCCACGAAUCGUUUGUGGCGCAAGACACGCAGUCCGCAGGAGAAGAACUGCAUGGGAACCGAUCCCAAUCGGAACUGGGGCUUCCACUGGAACGAGGUGGGAGCCAGCGACGAGCCCUGCUCGGAGUCGUAUGCCGGACCCAAGGCAUUCUCGGAGCCGGAGACGGAGGGCCUCUCGCAGUAUCUGAGGUCCCUGCCAGAGCCCGUGUUCAUGUACCUCUCGCUUCACUCCUUCUCCCAGCUGCUGCUCUAUCCGUACGGACACACCUCCUCGCUGCCUGAGAAUCAUCGACAGCUGGAGCGCAUCUUCUCCGCCGCUUUGGGGGACAUGAAGCGGCGCUUUGGCACCCGCUACACGGGAGGGAAUGUAUACGAUGCCAUCUAUCCGGCGGCGGGCUCCAGCAUGGACUGGGCCUAUGGCGAGCUGAAGACCAAGUAUUCCUUCACCUACGAGCUGCGACCCUCGGGCUAUAGUUUCUGGACGGGCUUCAGGCUGCCGGCGUCACAGAUAAUCCCCACGGGACAGGAGACAACGGAUUCGGUGGUGGAAAUGGUGAAGGCCGCUGCCGCUAUCGAGGGUUACAAGUUGCAAUAAAUCCCUGGACUAACUAGUUCAU